GCUCGUGGAUGCUCGGCCUGUACAUCAACCAAACGAGCCCGUACGCGAGCCUCAACACGCUGCACUUCUGGAAGGGCUACCCGCACGACGCGCUGCCGGCGCUCACCAAGUGGUACUACCUCGUCUCGACAGCCUUCUACCUGAACCAGAUCAUCGUCAUCAACCUCGAGGCGCCGCGCAAGGACUACUAUCAGAUGUUCGCGCACCACAUCAUUACGGCCGUCUUGAUGAUGUUCAGCUACGUCCUGAACUGGACGCGGAUCGGCAACACAAUCCUGUGCACGAUGGACCUCGUCGACAUCCUCCUCCCGCUCGCCAAGCUGUUCAAGUACACGGGGCGGCACAAGGCGUCGGACGGGACGUUCGCGGCGUUCCUCGUGUGCUGGAUCGUGACGCGGCACGUCAUCUUUGGGCGCAUCAUCUGGAGCGUCGUGUCGGAGCCGCAGACGGUCCUCGAGUACGACUGGCGGUCCGAGGACGGCUACUACUUCAGCCACAACACGCAGCGGUACUUUGCUGUCCUGCUCCUCGCCCUCCAGCUCCUCAUCUGCAUGUGGCUCGCCAUGAUUCUGCGGGUCCUGUACAACAUGUUCGUCACGGGCAGCGCCGAGGACAACCGCAGCGACGACGAGGACGACGGCGAGGGCGACGACGAGCCGCCUCGACCGGCGGCGGUCAAGGCGAACGGCCACCACUCGAACGGCGGCGUCGAGAGUCGGAAAUCUCGAUAGACUCGGGGCCUCGCUUUGUCGUCCCUCUCGCUCUCUCUCUUGCAUUUUGCAGCCUCGCAGUCGUUUGCAUCG